UCUGGUGAUGACCUCGUGUCCUUUAGGAAUCGUUCCCCCACCCGCAUCAGACAAUAGUGACCUCGGGCAGGCUGCGACUGCCCCUUAAGUGCAGGUUCAGCGUCAAUUGUGAUGUCAAUCACGAAGUUGCCUACAUUAGUGCAGCUGUCAAUGCUUCCACUGCGGCGCGCGACCUUUGCCUUUCUCCUCGGUGGUCCCUUCAUUGCCCCACUAGGAAGCCUAUGUUUUCAUCUCGAGAGAGAAAUGACACCCUGCCCAUCCUGCAAUGGUCUGGCCUGGUGUAAGGACCGCUGAAGUCCUCGAGCAAGCUACCAUGCAGGGUCAAACCGCCGUC